AUGAACCUGACGAGCGGGUUCAGUGCGUCGGGUUUCAUGUCCGCCCUCCUGCUGCUCCUCGUCGCGCUCGACCGCGCGCCUCUGGUCGCCUGCGUGGAAAUGGCCCGGUGGUCCUUCAGCCAGGGACCCAACGGAGCCCAGGUUGCAUUACCACUGGCCGCGACCUCCGGGACCGGCAGCCUCACUUCCAACUGGACCAGCGCUGCCGACAUCGUCUACACCACCUUCAGCCCAGACUUUGCCCUCGAGGUGCGCAACGGAGUGAACAACAACCGCUUCCUCUACUUCACCUUCAACACUGUCGGCUACUACGAGGUCUACCUCACCCUCUCGUACCAAGUGGGCGUCGGUGGUUUUCAGGAUCUGGUGAUCCAGUCCAAGAACGACCAGGGGGUCUUCGUCGACCGGGUUACCCCCCCAACCUACGGCAACAACUUGAUGAACACCUUCAACGCCGACCUCACCAGCUCCAGACAACUCAACGACGCGUCGGCGGCGGAGGUCCGCUUCAAGCUCUCUGGCGCGCAGGCCAACGACGCCUCCGUCGCCUUCGCCCUCGCCAACCAAAACGCCAUCGAACUCACCGACCAACUCGCCAUCGCCGUCGCCCUCACCAACGUUCUCUACCAGCCCAUCAAGCACACCAUCGCCGUCCCCGUCGGCAACGAUCUCAGUCUCGCCAUCCCCGUCAUGCUCUCCGUCGCCGUCCAGCACGCCUUCGCCCACUCAAUCGCCCACCCAGUCACCUUCGCCAUCGCCCUCGCCCUCACCCUCGCCCUCGCCCUCGCCGUCCCAGUCAUCCUCACAGUCCCCCACGCAGAGCCCCUCCAGCACUCCUUCGCCCUCGCAGUCGCCCUCUCAGAGCCCCUCCAACACCCAGUCCCCGAGCCAAUCGUCGACGCAAUCUCCUUCGCCCUCGCCCUCGCCCUCGCCCUCGUCCUCGUCCUCGUCCUCACCCUCGCCGUCCCAGUCGCCCACUCAGUCUCCCUCCCAGUCUUCGUCGACAACGCCAUCGCCGACCCAAACCCCCUCCAGCACCCCCUCACCAACCCAGUCAUCCUCACAGUCCCCCACGCAGAGCCCCUCCAGCACUCCUUCGCCCUCGCAGUCGCCCUCUCAGAGCCCCUCCAACACCCACCAGUCAACGACCCAAUCACCAUCGAGCACUCCUUCGCUGACGCCUACCCAGUCUCCUUCGCCUUCGCCAUCGCCAUCGCCAUCGCCCUCGCCCUCGCCCUCGCCCUCGCCCUCGCCCUCGCCCUCGCCCUCGCCCUCGCCCUCGCCAUCGCCAUCGCCCUCGCCCUCGCCGUCCCAGUCGCCCACUCAGUCUCCCUCCCAGUCUCCGUCGACAACGCCAUCGCCGACUCAAUCCCCCUCCAGCACCCCCUCACCAACCCAGUCAUCCUCACAGUCCCCCACGCAGAGCCCCUCCAGCACUCCUUCGCCCUCGCAGUCGCCCACCCGAACCUCCUCUGCAUCUCCCUCACCAUCGCUAUCGCCCUAUCAGUCUCCCUCGCACUCCCCGACCCAGUCACCGUCCCCCUCACCAUCGCGCACCACCAGCCCAUCAGGAUCACCGUCGCCCUCUCUCCCGCGCCCAGCCCAUCGUCCUCGCCUUCGCCCGGUCUCACGACCUGUCAGGAGGCCGCAGGGGGAGCCGGAUCGAGAACAGAGCGCAGAUAUGGCGACUUUGUGCACCGCUUCCUUUUCCAUGGCCUUGGCGGCGUUGUGCCUGUGCGCAGCGUCACCAGCCUGGGUCGGCUCAAUCGGGUCGCCUUGUGCGCGCUCGGGACCGACGGCGUGCCGCUGGCCACAGGCUUCGAGGCCCGGUCCGCCGUGGUGUCGGACCCCGCCACCAUCCGCGAUCAUUUCGGCGACAUAGAAAAGGUGCCGUGCCCUGUGGUGAAGAGCUAUGACGAGAUCUCGUUCACGGGCAUGGACGUCGACGCCGUGAGUCACUGGCGCUCGGAGAACGCCAGCCUGCUCGACCGGGCCACCCACUUUGCGGUGGGCGUAUGGGAACAGCCACCAUCGGCGGCGGGAUUGGCGCAGGCGCGGUUCCUGGUGUCGGUGAUGAGGAUUGGCAACAACCUGGCCGAGUGUCCUCCCCACGACUAG